AUGCUGAGACAGUACACGGGACUAUAUCACAUGGAGGAUGAUUUUUAUGAACUUAGCAUGGAACAAUCUUUGGCGAUUUAUGUGGCGAAGCCUUCUGUUAUUUUGGGAUUAUCUCUUGAAUAA